UCGUUUGUCUUGCAAACCAACCAAAUACAAGGCAAAGUUACUUAAUAAAGAAAUUGGCCUGUAAAACUGGGCGGUGAGAGAUGAAAUCCUUUUGUUUUGUCAAGUAAAUUGAGGUUGCUUGUUUUACUGCUUGACAGUUGUCACUCUGUCUCUUCGUUAAGUAAAGAAAUAUAAAAUCGUCAUGACUAAACAUGAACCACCCUCAGCCCCGGGCCACAUGGUUAAUAACAAAGCGAAGUGACACAGCUUGCAACAAUAUGUUUUGGUUAUUCAAAAAUACAUGUGUCUGAGUUUCUCUGAGUUUUUCAUUAUUGGCCUGGGGGAGUCCUGCCACUAGCCAAAAAUUAAUGCAACGUUUGUUGUUUUUAAAAACUUAAAUGAUUCCUAUAACAGCCUUACAGUAGCAAGCACAGAGUUUGGCUCAGUUUCAAAGGGAAACAGCAUUAAUCUUCUCUUUGAGAACUGAGAACUUCUAGUAUAAAUACGAAAUAUAAACCAUUAUGACUAAACAUGAACUGCUCAUGUACUAGAGCACCUGGAUCAAGCAGCAUUCAAGUCGUGGCCAAGGGUUGGCAGUUGUUGAGGGAUUAAGUAGUGUCCUACACUCUACCUGGGAUAAUGGGACUGGGUAUGAGUGAGUAAGUACUGGUUGAAACUAACACUUCUUGCUAUGACUUAUUUUCUAGAAAAUAACUGCACAAACAAAUAUGACAUAUGCUGUGAAUCGAAAACUGUUGACAUGGAUCCAACUGCGCGAUGGAACCAAACUGGCGGGCAAACUCUGGAUACCAGACUUGGUUGAUUCUGACAAGUCUGCAGAAGAUGAAAAAUAUCCUGCUAUAUUAGAAUUUCUGCCAUAUCGUCGUGUCGACUGGACAGCUCAAAGAGAUGAGAAGACCCACUCGUAUUUUUGCUCUCAUGGCUAUGUUUGUGUGCGGGUAGACAUGCGGGGAUCUGGGGACUCUGAGGGAUUUUAUUAUGACGAAUAUGAAAAACAAGAGCAGGAUGACUGUUGUGAUGUCAUUAACUGGAUUUCCCAGCAAAAGUGGUGUACUGGAAAUGUUGGUAUGUAUGGGAAAAGCUGGGGAGGAUUCAAUGGCCUUCAGGUUGCAGCUAGACGACCCUCUGCAUUGAAGACUAUCAUAUCCACUUAUUCCACUGAUGAUCGGUAUGCUGAUGACAUACAUUACCGCGGUGGCUGUGUUCUUGCCAGAGAAAUGCUGUCGUGGGCUCACAUCAUGUUCCUUUGGAAUGCACGCCCUCCACAUCCAGAGAGCUUAGGAACAAGAUGGAAGGAAGUGUGGCUAGAACGCUUGAACAAAUCAAGUGAACCAUGGGUACACAAAUGGUUGUCACAUCAGGCACGUGAUCCUUACUGGCAACACGGUUCCAUUUGUGAAGAUUACACCUCCAUCACGUGUCCCGUGUUUCUGAUUGGUGGAUUUUCUGAUCUCUAUGCUGACCCAGUAUUUCGUAUGGUAGAACAUCUCAAGUGCCCUGUCCGUGCAUUAAUUGGACCAUGGUCCCAUGCAUGGCCUGCUGACUCUUCACCAGGGCCUCGAAUAGACCACCUAAAGGAGUGUGUGAGGUGGUGGGACUGUCAUUUGAAGGACCUGCCAACUGGUGUCAUGGAUGAACCUGUGAUGAGGCUGUACCUGAGGGAUGGCAUUUCAAAUGCACACAAGGAAGAUAUUUGGCCAGGAAGAUGGAUAGCAGAAGAUCGCUGGCCCUCACCCAAUGUACAAUGUCAAGAAUUCAUUUUACAAAAUGACAGAGGCCUGGCACUAGCAUCGGGGAAUGAAUCCUCUGAAAACCAGCCAAUCGAAUCCGAGGUAUCAGUUAGGUCCUCUUUCCUCAGCGGUUCAUGGGGCGGUCUUCCGUUGGUGUUUAGUCUUGAGGAGCUGCCUGUGGAGCAAAGAUUAGAAGACGCUUUGGCGGAGUGCUGGGAGACAGCAACACUUAAAGAGCCUGUUGCGGUUUUGGGAUUUGCGGAGGUUCAUCUGCUGUUGAGCUGUGACAGGCCCUGUGCUCAGAUAGCCGCUAGACUGUGUGACAUAUUUCCAGACGGGGAGUCUUCUCUCAUAACACGAGGCGUUCUAAACCUGACCCAUCUUCGUGGUCAUUCACCAAAGGAUAUCCAGCCUCUGAAGCCUGAUGAAACCUUCCAAGCGCAGGUUAAAUUUGAUUCCACUGCCUACACUGUAGCCGCUGGUCAUAAAAUACGUCUGGCGCUCUCCUCGGUCCACUGGCCGUAUGUCUGGCCCUCUCCGCACGCGUCAUGCCUGUCGAUACAGACCGGUAGUAAGAGUAAGCUACUACUUCCGGUUCGAGUAUCAAAUGAAGAAGUACGUAAAAGGGAUGCACAGUUGAAAGAAUUUGAGUGGCCUGACUAUAAGCAUGCAAGGUUACCUGUUGAGAUUCGGAGAAAUCCCGAGAAGAAAAGGAAUCUUGAGAUUGCUCAGCUGUCGGACGAAUACACUCUGACUGUUUCCUUGGACGCUGGAUGUGUUGUUUUGAAAGACACAAACACCGUUUACGACGAAACAAACGUAGAAACCUUCACAAUCAAAGAAGGCGAGCCAAACACAGCUAAGGUCAUCAUACAGGGCCAGGUUGCAUUGAAGAAAGAUGAUGAAACUGCCGACAAAGAGGACUGUGGACCCAACCGGUGGGAUACUAGAGUCCAGGCUCUCAGCGAGAUGUGGUCUGAUGAGCAGUUCUUCUACCUGAAAAGUCAACUAACGGCGUGGCACAAUAAUGAAGAGUGCUUUGAAAAGACAUGUACAAAGAAAAUUGAACGGUUUUUUGUCUGACUUGUUCACUUGAUUCCUAAAGAGUUCAGACGAGUCGUCUUCCUUUUAACAGUAACUUAUCAGUAGAAGUUCAGUGUAGGGCUGUAAGGCUGUUCCGCGGAAAACUGAUCUCCACUAGGUUAAUUCGAGGGGAAAUUUACUCAGGGAGAUAGUUUGUGUGUUUUGUACACAGGAACUGUCCGAAGAUUCUUUUUUUUCUGUCGCUUUAAGGCUGAAGAUAUUCUUGUGCAAUAUUCUUAGAUUAUAGCAUAUGUAGUUUUGGAGGCAAACUGCAGGGUAGAUUACAGCAUAUGUAGUUUAGGAGGCAGACUGCAGGCAAUAAAGCCUGAUACAGCAAACAUAACUUCUUGCAGAAAUGUUAUUAGUAUCGAACAUACGC